AUGGAGGGAUGUUUGCGGACGCUCUGUAGAGUCUCUGAGGCUGAACGUUCUUCUCUUCGGAUGAACCGGCAUCAGCUGUGCGACGCGGCGACCAUGAGUCACCUGACCUCUGUCAUGCUGUGUCUGAUUGGCUUCUUGAUCACAGGUGACGCUCUUCACAUCUCAGAUGUGACUCUGAUCAAUCCAGACCCGGUCGUGUCUUCAGCCAACUCGCCAUCACUCGUGUGUGUGAGCAGCGACUGGACAAGUUCUGGUACCGGUUCUCUGAGUUUGGGUCACGAGUGUCCGGAUCACGAAGCUCAUAUCCUGAACGCUGAGACGGACCGAAGCCGCCAGUCUGCCGCUAAAGUCACGUGGAUGUCACGCAAUCACACGUUUGGUACUUUUUUCUGUCAAGUUAAAAACUCAAAUGGAAGUAAAAUCUACACAUACAAGAUGCUCAAUGAAGCUUCAUUCCUGCCUGAAUUAAUGACAGUCACUGUUAAUGAAGGCGAUGAUGUCAACAUCUCUUACACCAGAAAGACACAUUUACCAGAGGACACGGUUAUCUUUAAAAAUGGAAAAUUUGAACACUCAUCACCCAAAGAGGACAUUAUGGACGUCAUUCAUUACCCCAUAACUAAUGCGACAGCACACAUUCAUGCUGGCAUUUAUACCAUCAUUUAUAUUUCUGGUGCUCCGUUCAGUUCUGCAAUAACACGACUGAUAGUCAGAAGUUGUAAGGCUGGGUUAUGGGGAGUGAAUUGUACAAACUCAUGUCCACCGUGUGUUAACGGAGGCGUGUGUCAUGAUGGAACGGGAGAAUGUAUCUGUCCUCCGGGAUUCAAAGGAGCCACGUGUGAAAUCGUGUGUGGUGAGGGGCGUUACGGGAGCAGCUGUAAAGAGCGUUGUGUAGACGGACAGUGUCGCGCUCUCGUCUUCUGUCUCAGAGAUCCGUACGGCUGCUCGUGUGCCGCUGGAUGGAGGGGAUUUAACUGCACUGAUGCGUGUCCGGUGGGCUUCUACGGCGCCGGUUGUAAACAGAAGUGUGAGUGUGAACGAGGAGUGAAGUGCGAUCGCUUCAGAGGGUGUGUGUGUGCGGGCUGGCAUGGAGCUCGUUGUGAGAAACUAGACGUGAGACCUGUCAUCACGAGCAGUCUGAGAGACACUGAACUUAAUGCCGGAGCCGUUUACACUGUUAACUGCUCCGCAUCGGGUCAACCCGCUCCAUUACACGGUGAAAUUACACUGCUGAAACCAGAUAAAACUACCAUCUAUGCUGUGGACACGCACACACAUAAUGAUCAGACAACAUCCAUGUUCAGAGUGGAAAAGAUCACCAUAUCUGACGCUGGUCGAUGGCUGUGUCAGCUGAAAACCACAAACUUUCAGGAGGAGAAAGAAUUCAUGGUAAAUGUCAAAGUUCCACCAAAACCGCACAAUCCUCCUCUUCUGAAGGACAGCGGCCUGUACCAUCUGCUGGUGCUGGUGAAUGCAGAUCUGUACACAGGAGAUGGACCUCUCACCUCAGUCAAGGUCAUCUAUAAACAAGCCAGCGCAUCCACAUGGAAAUCCAUAGAGGCAAGCGGAUCUCUGGUGAGGUUGGACAAUCUGUCACCCAUGACCCAGUACACCACAUUUGUGCAGCUGAGUCGCCGUGGAGCAGGCGGAACAGGCAAACCUGGACCUGAAGCGACUUUCUCCACACAGAUGCUUAAGUUGCCGAUGGGAAUGAAACUAACACCAGUCAGUCAGACCGAGCUGGCUCUGUCAUGGGACUCGACUCAGACUGAAGAGAACUGGGGUUAUGAGAUCGAGUGUCAGCAGGACGAUUCAUCAGAAAUUGUGUGGAGCUUCAAGCUCGCGUCUAACUCUUCUGGCCUUCAUCUAAACAAGCUCAAACCCAGAAACAAAUACCAGUGUAAGGUGAAGAUGGCCACCAGCUCCACAGGACAGCCGUGUCGCACAGUCACUGCCUGGACACUGAGUGACCAGCUUCCACCCCCUCCUGAUAAUGUCUCCACCUGCAACAUUAGUGACUCCUCCGCCAUCAUCACCUGGUCAAUUGUCGAAGGUCACUCCAUCUCCAGAGUGAUCAUUCGUUACGAGCAGAUGGGGCGGUCUGAUUACAGCCAGCAGGUGGAGCUCGGCGUGCAGGUGGAGCAGACCAACAUGCAGUUCCAGCUAAGGGGUCUGAGAGCCGAAACCACCUACCAGCUGGAGAUCUGGACCAUCAACAACAUGGGAGAGAGCGCAGAGAGACCGCAGUUCAGUCUCAAGACCUUGACGCCGCAGGAGAGCUCACAGUUAUUUGGGUUCAGGGGUCAUGGCAACAUGCUCUUCUAUGCUAUACUGUGUUCUGCUGGAAUGACGUGCAUCACAAUUCUGCUGGCAUUCUGCAUCGUACUGCAGCUCAAGAGAGCCACCUACCAGAGACGCAUAGAGCAGGCCUUUCACAAUAUCACGAGAGAGGAACCGGCAGUGCAUUUCAGCUCUCUGAACACACAGAAGGAGCAACAGAACUCCAGUCAGUCUGUGGCCUAUCCGACACUCCAGUGGAGCGAUAUCAAGUUUCAGGACGUGAUUGGCGAGGGAAACUUUGGACAGGUGUUGAAAGCUCGCAUUAAGAAAGACGGACUGAGGAUGGAUGCUGCAAUUAAGAGAAUGAAAGAAUACGCCUCUAAGGACGAUCACAGAGACUUUGCUGGGGAGCUGGAGGUUUUGUGUAAACUGGGUCACCAUCCAAACAUCAUCAACCUCCUGGGAGCGUGUGAACAUAGAGGUUAUCUGUAUUUGGCCAUUGAAUUCGCUCCUCAUGGAAAUCUGCUGGAUUUCUUGCGUAAGAGUCGAGUGUUGGAAACGGAUCCGGCAUUCGCCAUCGCUAACAGCACCGCGUCCACGUUGUCAUCGCAGCAGUUACUGCACUUCGCUGCAGAUGUGGCACGUGGCAUGGAUUACUUGAGCCAGAAGCAGUUUAUUCACAGAGAUUUAGCAGCCAGAAACAUCCUGGUAGGAGAAAACUUUGUGGCAAAGAUUGCUGACUUCGGCCUGUCCAGAGGUCAGGAGGUGUACGUGAAGAAGACCAUGGGUCGUUUGCCUGUGAGGUGGAUGGCCAUCGAAUCGCUCAACUACAGUGUUUAUACCACUAACAGUGACGUAUGGUCGUAUGGAGUUCUGCUGUGGGAAGUGGUGAGCUUAGGUGGUACGCCGUACUGCGGUAUGACAUGCGCCGAGCUCUAUGAAAAACUACCACAAGGGUAUCGACUGGAGAAACCGCUGAACCGCUGUGACGACGAGGUGUAUGAGCUGAUGAGACAGUGUUGGAGAGAAAAACCGUACGAGAGACCUUCAUUUGCUCGGAUUUUGAUGUCACUCAACCGUAUGCUGGAAGAGAGGAAGACAUAUGUGAACACAACGCUGUAUGAGAAAUUCACAUACGCAGGCAUCGACUGCUCUGCAGAGGAAGCUGGCUGAUGAACGCCGUCACAUCUAACAUCACGCUUCAGUGUAAAUAUACAGAUGUCAAAUUUAUGUCAAAUCCUCUCAGCAGGUUUCAUAGAUUCAUGUUUUACACACAUUGUGUAUUCCAGAUCAGAUCAGCAUAUUUUUCUUUUAUCACAGUUUUUUUUUUUUGUUUGUUUUUUUUUUUUUUUUGUGAAAUGUUCAAGUGCAGAUAUUGUAUGACAGUAUAACAUAUUUUUAAAGAAACUGUUUUGCUUGAUACUGAAAAUGUUAUGCUGAAAAAGACAAUUGUUGUUUCUUGUGUCUGAAUGUAAAUAUUGUUCUGUAAACAAAAAUUAUUGCAUAUGCCGGCUGCUUUGAUAAACUUCUGGGGGGUAAAAAAUGUCAGUUUUCAGAUACAAAACCUGCAACCUUCAAUGUGUACAGAACAAGAAAUAAAGAUCAUGUAUAACCCAUUCCAAAUGUACUCUUUGCCACAUCUGGAAUUACUUGAGGAAAUUUACCAGCCAUAAAACUGUAAUAUUUCAUGAAACAUGUUGUUGUUCCCUAAUUGGAAAUAAUUUAGCUGUCAUUUUAGGAUUUUUAUUUAAACUUAUGGUAAAUCUGCAGUAAAAGUCACUGAUCUUGUCUU